UAGAAGCCAAAGAUGCGAUGCGAACCGGGCCCAGUGGAGCAUAUAAAAGCAUUUGGCAGACGCUGCGACAUUUCAGUUGCUUCCAAAUUAUCGCCCAAAACGCUGCCGAAGUUGCAGCUUGUUGCGAAUACCGUCCCAAAAAAACCAACAAAUUCUCCUAUUUUUUUUCCGUGACUCUUUUUCUCUGUGUGCGUGUAAAUCAAGCGAGGAUACCUCUCUACCAUGUCUUUCCUGGGCAACACAUCGGACCUGGAGUGCGAAAAGAACGAGUUCCCGAGGCCCCGGGCCACGGGCAUCGUCACCAAGGUGGCCGCGCACAAGCUCUCCUCGGAGCCCAAGUGGGCCGAUAAGCGGGAGGAUGACUCGGACUCGGAGGUCUCGUCGCCGGAUAACUUUCUGACCAAAGGCGCCUUCCUACUGACCCCCUCCUACGAGCUGUCCAUGGAGCGGGCCGCCCUCAUCUGCGAGAAGAUGAGCUUCAAGGGAUGCUUCAGCUUGACCAAAACCGCUACAGGCAUUCUGUUUAAAUUCUCACACCCAGAUGACUAUCAGGCGGUGUUCAAGAAGGGCUUCCACAAGGUCACCGGGGCGCGUUUCUAUCGCAAGCAAACAUUUUCGCGCAGCAUCGCCAUACCGUGCCGGCCGCGCAAGACCUUCACGCUGUACGUGCUGGAUGUGCCGGAGGAUCUGCCCGUGGAGGAUAUCCGACAUGCCAUGUACAAGUUCGACUCGGUGGUGGAGGUGGUGCGACUGCAUAUUUAUUCGAGCCUAGCCAGCAAUGCCGCCGCCGCCUCCGCCGCCUCGGUCGGUGCCAGCACCGGUUCAGGGGUUGACAAGGUCGAAGGUGAGCAGAUCCAGCUGCUCCAUACGCCGACGCAGACGCUGCGCAGGGCGGCGCUACGAAGCACCUCCAAGAGCGUGGGCUCCGUGGUGGGCGAUGCCAUCGAGAAGGCCGAGCGUCCGGAGCGCAGGGAACUGCCACCGGCCGUUAUCCGGAUUACACUGGCCUCCAUGGACGAGUACAAUGUGCUGCUCCAGAACGGACUCAACUUCUACGAUGCCACGUUCUUUCCCACUGACGCCAACAUCUCGCUGAAGGGUGCCAAGAUUGACUACAAGCGCAGAAUGCUCGAUGGCUCGAUACCCGGACGGGUGCGGGAGCUGCUGCCCGUGUUCGAUGCGGCUGGCUUCUGCAAGCUGCCGCCGCCCACCAGCAAGCUAAUUAAGCCGCCGAGGUCAUAGAUCCGCUCCAGACUUGAUGCCAUGCCAUGCGACGAUGAUGACGAUGACGACGACGACGACGACGACGACAACGCGUUCCGGCCAGGUAGACAUGCCCAGAUGCGAUGUCCGGGCCCCCUUCCACCCCGCCUCCUGACGACCACCCGCGAGUUCUACCCAUUUAAUCCACUCUACUUCGCCGUAUACGUAAUUCCUAUACGUAUACGUAAUGGUGUUUUCCGUUCUCCGAUGCCAGCGAUCCGAUAAUAAUUCCCCUUUUGGCUACCAUCUUUCCCAUCUCUCUGUCUGUCUGUCUGCGAACUCUUCAAACUUUUCGUAUAUUUUUUUUUAUCUAUCGCUAGUUUUAUUAUUAAAGGCCCAUUUACGGCAUAUAGCGUCUAAUUUGUUUGAUUGUCUAACAAUG